UUCAGUUUUUGUGAAAGAAAAUUGAUUAAGAAGGCAAAGCCGUCUCUACUUUGGUUGCUCUCUCCCACUUUUCGCUUCAAUCAGUACAAGACAUGCCUAAAUCAAAGCGAGACAGAACAGUUACUUUGUCGAAGACAAAGAAGAAAGGAAGGGAGCACAAGGAGAUUAUUGUAAAUGGAAUCAGAGAGGCUGUCGAAAAACAUACAUCUGUCUAUGUUUUCUCUUUUGAGAACAUGAGAAAUAUCAAAUUCAAGGAGUUUAGAAACCAGUUUAGGCACAAUGGAAGGUUCUUCCUUGGUUCGAACAAAGUGAUGCAGGUUGCUCUUGGUCGUUCGGCUUCUGAUGAAAUCCGUCCUGGCAUCUUUAAAGUCUCCAAGCUGCUUCACGGUGAUGCUGGACUUCUUGUUACAGAUAUGCCAAAGGAAGAGGUCGAAAGCUUGUUUAACGCGUAUGAGGAUUCAGACUUUUCAAGGACCGGAAGCACUGCUGUAGAAAUGGUUGAGCUGAAGGAAGGUCCUCUAGAACAAUUCACGCAUGAGAUGGAACCGUUUCUAAGGAAGCAGGGUAUGCCUGUUCGUCUCAACAAAGGUACGGUAGAGUUGCUCUCAGACUUUGUAGUUUGUGAAGAAGGAAAGCCUCUUUCGCCAGAAUCUUCUCGCAUUUUGCGUCUGUUGGGAAUAAAGUUGGCUACUUUCAAACUCAACUUAGUCUGCAGAUGGAGCCCUAAUGACUUUGAGCUUUACCGUGAAGGUUUGGAUCUCUCAGACGUCGAAACCUAAAGCCCCCAUGAUUUUGAUCAUCUCUUUUAAGUCUAUGAUAUCAUACACACUUGGAUGCUGCUUGCUCUGUGGUUCUGUGUUUGCACUUCGAUGUUUUAUGUCAAAGUUUUGUUGCUUUAGUGUCUGUAGAAUAUCAGAUUAUCUUCUUGAGUUCCCUGUUCCUUGUAUUCUCGACUUGAAAUACAACAUCAGUCAUUUAAAGCUUAACUUCCUGUUAUUCAUUAA